AUGGAGCAGAACAUCGGCUUUAUAGGACUCGGAGCUAUGGGUUAUCCAAUGGCUAAGAACAUAAGGACCAAGAUGAGCCGGCAAUCGAAUCUAUGGGUUUAUGACGUACAGAGAGAGGUCUGCGAAAGAUUUGCGCAAGAAUUCAAAGAUUCCGGGCCGAUAUCGAUCGCGAACUCAGCAAAAGAAGUCGCCCAGAACGCCUUGACAAUCGCCACGAUUGUACCUACAGGCCACCAUGUCCGUCAAGUCUAUCUAGGCGAAUUGAGUGGCGUGACAGCCGCGAAAGGAUUGCCACAUGACAAGGAACGACUGUAUCUGGAGUGCAGCACCAUUGAUAUGGCGACGGCUAGGGAUGUUGGGCAGAAGCUCGAGGGAAUGGGCAUGGGUCGUUAUGUUGACUGUCCAGUAUCCGGCGGCGUGCCGGCUGCACAUUCUGGAACCUUGUCGAUGCUGGUAGGAGCCUCGAAACCCACACCUGGAGAAGCAGAACGAGGCGUAAGUAAGCGGUUGCAAGAUUUACUGCUAUGGAUGGGCGAUGCGAAGAAGCACUUCUACUGCGGCGAUCUUGGCUCAGGCCUGGCUGCGAAGAUAUGCAACAACUAUCUGUCAUGUACAAUCCUACUGGCUAACGCCGAAGCCAUGGCGACUGGCGUCAAGCUUGGUCUAGACCCGAAAAUUUUGUAUCAGGUCAUUGCAAACUCCACGGGACAGAAUUUCAUGUGCGAUCACGUCUGCCCCGUUCCCGGCGUGGUCCCUCAUGCCCCGAGCAGCAACGGCUACAAACUGGGAUUCAAGGCGCAGAUGCUGUCCAAAGAUGUUGGGCUAGGGAUUGAGGCUGCGAACAGUGUUAACAUCAAACCCUCUAUUGGCGAAGCUGCUAUAGCCGUGUUUGAUCAGGUUGGCAAGGACGAGCGAUGUAUCGACCACGACGCAUCUGUGGUAUAUCGCUUUCUUGGGGGACCAGAAUAGGCUAUAUCAGUACUAAAUAUUGGAUCAGUUGAGC